CAAGACUCACCCCCGACUCUGUCAGUACGGCGCCGGUGGUUGUUGCUACUGCACGCAGCGGAAACGUGUGCGCGCACCCCCGCGAAUGCUCGUGCCACACCGCGGCGACUCGACAGGUAUAAGUCGACGGGGUAUAAAUCGCGUUUCUCCGACCGAGUCGAAUAACGAAAAACAGACGCGUCGUUCGGCAAGUGUAAGAGCGAUCGCUGGACCGUGUGUCACGUGUGGUGAGGUGCGUUUCGCAAAGGUGCCAGGAAUUUUCCGGACGAUACAUGAAAUUGCGAAUAUUUGGCAGGUUGACGAAUGGUGCUGGUGAAAAAUCCGUCCCCCACGCGCGGCCCGAGCCCCCAACGAGAAAAUGGGAAGAACGGGAGGUCGAAAGGACAAAGGAGUGGAGGACGGGGCUCGCGAGGAAACAGUCCCGGCGAGCAAACUGGUUCUCGAGGAAAUAGUCCGGGAAAGAGCGGCGGCUCCGACACCAAGGGAAAGGGGAGGAACGCGCUGUUGCGCUCGCAGGGUAACGAGGCCGGUAGCAUCGAAAGAUUAAUAGACGGCGAUAAACGGAUAAUUGCGACCAAGCAUCUACUUCCAGAAAAUAAUAUCAAUGUCGUCGUCAGGAUUCGACCGCUCAGUAAUAAGGAAAUUAAAUCUGGCGAGGAAAUGGCCGUGCAAUUUCCCGGCGAGGGACAGAUAUACUGCGACGCGGUUACGAGCAGCGGCGACAAGAAGCCGAAGGUAUUCUCGUACAACGUCGUUUUCGAGCCAAAUGCCACACAGGAGGACAUCCUGCAGUAUUCCGGUAUCAAGAACCUCAUUGAAAUGGCGGUGGAAGGCUUCAGUUGCACCGUGUUUUGUUACGGACAGACCGGAAGUGGCAAAACGCAUACCCUGACUGGACCUCCGAGACUCUUCGAGAAAAUGGAUCCGUACUCGGAGGAUCAUGGUCUGGUCUUCCGUUCCUUCGUCUACCUGUUUAAAGUCCUUCAAGAACACGAGAAGUGCAACUUUGUGCUGAAGGCUUCCUUCCUGGAAAUCUAUAAUGAGAAGGUGAUAGAUCUCUUAAAUCCCGGCACUUCGAGAAAAACCCUGGCAGUUCGGUGGAGUAAAAAGACGCGCGGGUUCUUCGUCGAGAAUCUCUUCACGGUAGAAUGUGAGGAACUGGACGAUCUCCUGGCGGUUCUCGAGGAAGGAAUGAGAAAUAGAUCGAUCGGUACGCACAAUAUGAACGAAUAUUCCAGCAGAAGCCACUCGAUUCUGACUGUAACUAUAACUUCUGAGCAAGCAAUGGAAAACGGUGUGUUCAUCUCGAAACAAGGCAAAAUUAAUUUCGUGGAUCUUGCCGGAAGCGAAAUGACGAAGAAGACUCAGAGCGAGGGCAAGACCUUGGAAGAGGCGAACAAUAUUAACAAGAGCCUUAUGGUAUUAGGAUACUGCAUCUCUUCCUUGAGCGAUGGAAAACGGAAAGGUGGCCAUAUCCCUUACCGGGACAGUAAGCUGACGAAGCUUUUGGCCGACAGUCUCGCCGGAAACGGCGUCACGUUAAUGAUCGCCUGCGUUUCGCCUGCUCGCUCGAAUGCCAGCGAAACAUUAAACACCUUGAGGUAUGCCGCGAGAGCCAAGAAGAUCUCCACGAAGCCUAUUAUAGUGAUGGAUCCACGCGAAGCUCUGAUUCUCAGUUUGAAGCGCGAAGUGGGAGCACUUCAGACCGAAAACGAGCAUUUAAGGAUGACUCUUCAUCUCAGUAACGAAGCUCAAAAUAUGAUCCGCAGCGACUCGAAAAACGGAAGACUGAUACCCGUGACACCGCCGCCGGUGGAUCUCGACAAAUUGGCCGAGAUGGAGAGCUCGGAAUUGAGCCAACUGAUCACCGCGUACAUUACCGAGAACGAGGCGCUGCGGCGCGAGAACGCGGAGCUCUACGCCACGCGGGAUCAGGUGAUACGGGACCAGGAGCUCGUUUGCCGGGAAAACGAGAGGCUGCUCAGAAAACUCGAGGACGUAAACUCAGUGUGCUGUCGAUCGCCCAUAAUACCAGCUAGACCCUCGUAUUCGGCGGAAUUAUUAUUGAACGAUAAUAAUGAAGACGCACCCGGUGCGACCAACGUCUGGACGAAUCCAAACGCUGCUCCCAGUCCGGUGUAUACCUUCACAAAGCUCGGUAGUGGACUUGGACUCUAUAAUAGAUCAGCUGGCAGUAUGCCAGAGAAGGUGCUGAAGGAGCUCGACAAGCGCAGGAUCGUCGGCAGUUACAAUAACAUUGCCGAGGCCUAUAAAGACAAAAGCAAUCACCGUCGACAUAAUUCAUGGGACAACAACAGCAAUCGGUCUAUGAUAAGCCCGGAACAGAGAAUCUCACCGGUGGAUAUAAAUCAUCAAGGUCAAAGGACGACCUUGCGGCGCACCUCGACGGUGCCUGAAGAGAGCAAACCUCCGUCGUCGAGAUCGAGGUCGAGGUCGAGCGACCUGCCCGCUGCGGACGGCUCCACCACUAGCAUCACCACCACCGCCACCACAACCACAACCACCACCAUCACCACCACCACCGCUGCCGCCGCCACUACCGCCACGACCACCGCUACCGAGAUGCACGCCGAACAAUCUAACGGGUCGCCCGAUUCGAUCAUGAGUGGUCCUCUCGAGGAGGGCGGUAAUUCCGCCCCCGACUCCGCGGACUCGGUCGCCCCCACCGUCCCCUUCCCGCCGAUAACGAACUCGCCCUCGUCCUUCGCGACGUCAGAAUCGGAACCGCGAGAGGGCCGGAAGUCGCGGGCCAGCGUGAAGGAGCGGAGAAGCAACAGAGGGAGGACCAAGGAUGAGCAGCGGGCGUUCGGGAGCCCGGUCUCCGUCGACGACGACGACGCGCGAUUCUGAGACGAGAAGGUGUCGUCGUCCUCUCAUUCUCGCGAGGGAAAUCAACGCGCAAAGAAUAGAAAGAUAGACAAUCUCUCUCUUUUUAUUUUUUGAGAAACAUCGAUGAGUGACGUCUGUUAUUUGUACACCAAUAUCAUUUGCGAAUACUCAUAAUUGUAACUGUAAAAUACACUCCUACACACACACACACACGUCAGGCGAAACCUUAUAUUCAGUUAGUUCAUAUAUCGGUCUCCGUCGAAAACUUCGAAACGACGAGAGAGUUGUACAGAAUAAACUAGAUAAAUCAAUGCUGUGUAAGAGGAUUUUGACGAAUUAAAGCGGAUUGAAAAAAAGAAA